GCAACGCGGAAUCCAACGUGAGGAAGCGCAAGGUGGAUUCCAGGUGUCGUACUUGCAGUAGUUAAUACUGGCGAUGGCUGACUCCUUCACAGCAUUCGUCUUCACCUAGUGUCGAAAAGCGUGUACUUCAAGAGCCACAGAGGCCGAGCGCUGCCGCGGAGCGACAACCAUGUCGGAGCAGGAGUCUCUGAGGUGCUCCAGCGCCAGGAACCGUGGAGGCGUCCAGAGGGUCGAGGGGAAACUGCGAGCCAGCGUGGAGAAGGGGGAUUACUACGAAGCACACCAGAUGUACAGGACUUUAUUUUUUAGGUACAUGUCACAGGCUAAACAUGCUGAGGCCAGGGAGUUGAUGUACAAUGGCGCUCUACUCUUCUUCAGCUAUAACCAGCAAAACAGUGCAGCUGAUCUGUCCAUGCUGGUACUGGAAGUGUUGGAGAAAUCUGAAACAAAAGUCGAAGACGAAAUAUUAGAAAGCCUGGCUAAGCUGUUCAGCCGGACGGACCAGAACUCUCCGGAGAGAGUCGCGUUUGUGUCCAGAGCCUUGAAAUGGUCCACGGGAGGCUCCGGCAAGUUGGGUCACCCAAAGCUUCACCAGUUGCUAGCUGUCACCUUGUGGAAAGAGCAAAACUACAGUGAGUCACGUUACCACUUCCUGCAUUCCUCUGACAGCGAGGGCUGCGCACAGAUGCUGGUGGAGUAUUCGUCGUCCCGAGGUUUCCGCAGCGAGGUGGACAUGUUUGUAGUGCAGGCCGUCCUACAGUUCCUCUGCUUAAAGAACAAAAGCGGUGCAUCUGUGGUGUUUAGCACAUACACAGAGAAACACCCGUCCAUAGAGAGGGGCCCUCCCUUCGUCCAGCCUCUACUAAACUUUAUCUGGUUUCUGCUGCUGGCAGUGGAUGGGGGUAAAUUAACAGUUUUCACAGUGUUGUGUGAACAAUAUCAACCUUCCCUGAAGAGGGACCCCAUGUAUAAUGAGUAUCUCGACAGAAUAGGACAGCUUUUCUUUGGGGUUCCACCCAAACAAUCUCCAUCAUACGGCGGACUGCUAGGAAACCUGCUGAACAGCCUGAUGGGAUCGGGCGAGGACGAUGACGGGGCUGAAGAAGCCCAGGAAGACAGCAGCCCCAUAGAACUGGACUGAGCCUGCAUCCUGGGAGAAGAACAAGUGAACACAAAGAAAUAGGAAGAACUGCCCCCCCACCCCCAUCUAUCGGCCCUCCCUACGUCACCUUGACAACAGGGAUGGGGCGGGGCUUCGGUCUGUGUUUUCAGAGGCUUGCUGUUUCCAGGAAACCCCCCCUCGUCCCCCUCAUCCUACCUAUCCAGUCCCCAAAAUCAGAAUAAGAAUCAGUUCACCCAAACAUCUCCCUCAGCACUGCCUGGACUGACUGCGCCAAACUGCAAACUCUUCCCAAGUUGUUCAGAUUGUAUUAUUUUAUUGUAAUUAUAAUUUUGUUAGUCUGGGACUUUUGUUCUUUAGGGUUAAUGAUUUUUAGCCAACAGAUAACUCGCUGUUUUCUCCCUGUGAAAGCCAGAGGAGAGGACAGCAUCCCGAGUGACAGCUUUCACCACAAUGACAAGACAUGACUGUGUUUGGUCGAUCAGUCAUGUUGUUAACAUAAUUGUUAAUCUCUUCUCUCAAUUUAUUCAAAGUUAAUUUAAGAAAUUGUUGCUGUAGUCGAGGCUGAUUUUCAGUUUCUCGGCUUUAUGAACAAAAACAGGAGCGCUCUGUGUAAAGUCAUCUUGCACCUUGAAUGUCUACCAAACAAACCUUUUCUGCUCAGUGUCUUUAUGGGUCAUAUUUUAUUCAACUAUAAACAGAGCAGUCUGUGUACAAGUAGCUCCAGGUCUCACUUUUUUUUUUUUAUGUGCACAAGCUGAGCUCGUCUGCACUGUGUUCGAGAGAAAUUGUGUCGGAAGAUGCGUUUCUGGCCUCGGUACAGUCGGCAGAUGUCUCGUAUAAAAUAAUCCUGGCAGCGAGGUGCGUGAAGCACUUGGUGAUCAUGAGGUGAGAGGAGAAAAAUGAGACACUGAAAAAUCUGUUAAGAGUGAAUUUUGCUUUGCGUGUUUAUAAAAAGCUGAUAUUUAAAUCUGCUGCGUACCCGCCCAUUUCUGGCUUUUUCAGUUCUCCCUUUUUUUUAAACAAUUGUUUAAAACAGUUCCUCUCAGAGGUGAAGCGACGCUCUGUCUUCAGUUCAGCUUGUGAACGACCAAAUAGCUGCUGUUUAUCAGUGUUAACUUCAUCGCCCCUUGGAGAGCUCACACUACACUGCUUGUUCCCUACGGCUUUCUUUGCCCACAUCAUCCAGUCUUCAGCUUUGUUUGUCCGCAUAGUGCUGUCUCAUCAGCCCAGGUCUGGUCAGUUUGCUAUUUUUUUUGGGGAUAAAAAACGUAAUUGAGCUCCAGAUAAUCUAGAGCCGUCAAACCCCCAUGUGAAGUAAACCUCUUUAUUAAAAACUCGGAAGGUCCACAGGUCUUCCAAUGUCAAGUAGAUUUUAUUUACUUGUGUGUUAUUGUAUGGGAGUUAGAAAUGGCUGGUAUUAAAUUAUAAUAACGAGCACAAUUUGAAUACUAACAACUAAAAUAAUUCAAUAUAAUUUUUUUUUAUUUUAGGAUCAGCUAAAUGUGGUGAAAAAUAGCUGAAGUACUAUUUUGUUAUAAUUCGAUGCUUAAAAUGUAUGUCAAUGGUUAAUUUUAAAUCUGACUAUAUAAUUUCAGAUUAUCUAAAUUUCCCAUUUAGGUCUUCCAUAGAGGACUGGCUGGCUCAAUGUCUAAGUGCUACAGACAGACUCAUAGAAUGUUGUUGAGAUUCUGUGAUUGUUUCCAUCAAAUGUUGAAAAUACAAGGAAAAGACGAGUGAUGUGGUUGCAGUCAACAGAGAUCGAAAACAGACAAAUCUCAUUCUUCACUUAAACAAUGAUUAAAAAAUGACCUAAUGUAAAAUAAAAAAUAACUUUCUGGUGACCAGCGCCUCCUGCAGGCUUCUCUGUUGCACCGCUGAAGUCGACCAUCCAGAAGGGAUCUUCAGGUUCCUCACUAAGUUUUCCAAAGAGCUCAACCAAUCACAAAACAUGCUCCAGUUCCCAUAUUACAUGUUUCUAUUCAGUGUCACUGUCAUAACUUUUAGUUCAAAUCUUGUUUAACGAACCUGAAAGUCAGUUCUACACGAUUUCCCUCCAAUCACAUGGCAGUAGACAAAAGUACGUGACCAAAGGCCUACUCUGUGUGUUUGUGUGUGUCAAUGAACAACAUCGCAGCGUUUGUAUUUGAGUUUUUUUGUCUUUGAGAACUAAAGGGGAGUGUUUGCCUUUUCAAUGAUUCACUAACUGAAUAAACUACAACUGAGAAGAGUUUCAGAAUGUCUCAAAACAAA